UUCCCGACCAUCGCAACUCCCAGCAACCAGUGAGGUCUUCUGGCAUACCCUGCUCCUUUCUGCAUCUCCUCUCCCGUUUCGAACUUCUCCGUUCGUAAACCCCCCUAAUUCUACUUUCGCAAUGUUCUCCCGUGCCGCCCGCCCGGUCCUCAGGGCUGGCAGUGCUGCUGUCACCCGCACUGCCCCGCCCAAUGCCGCCAACUUCGCGACUCUGCGUGAGAUUGAGGGCCGCCUCAAGUCCAUCAAGAACAUCCAGAAGAUCACCAACACCAUGAAGGUCGUUGCCUCCACCCGUCUCACUCGCGCCCAGAGAGCUAUGGACGAGUCUCGCACCUACGGUGAGACCUCCAACACUGUCUUCGAGAAGGCCGAGACCAAGCCGCUGGAGGACAAGAAGACUUUGUACGUCGUCGCUAGCUCCGACAAGGGUCUUUGCGGUGGUAUCCACUCCAGCUUGAGCAAGGCUACUCGUCGUAUGUUGGCUGCCGACCCUGAAGCCGAUCUCGUCAUCCUUGGUGAGAAGGGCAAGGCCCAGCUUUCGCGUGCCGUUCCCGAGAAGAUCCUCCUCUCCUUCUCCAACGUCUGCAAGGACAUUCCCACCUUCGCCGAUGCUCAGGCUGUUGCCGACCAGAUCGCUCUGCUGCCUACCGACUACAGCAGCAUCAAGGUCGUCUUCAACAAGUUCGUCAAUGCUCAGACCUACGAGGCUACCGUCAUUGAGGCCUAUUCCGAGGAGGCUAUCACUCAGUCCGCCAACAUCUCUGCUUUCGAGAUUGACGACGAGGCUCUGACUAGUCUCCGCGAGUAUGCUCUUGCCAACAACAUCUUCUGGGCCAUGGCUGAGGGCCACGCUUGUGAGAUUUCUGCUCGUCGCAACGCCAUGGAGAACGCCUCCAAGAACGCUGGUGAGAUGAUCAACAAGUUCCAGAUUCUGUACAACCGUCAGCGUCAAGCUACCAUUACCGGUGAGCUGGUUGAGAUUAUCACCGGUGCCACCGCCUCCGCCGACAUGUAAGAGCCUUCUCACGGGCUUUCACGGGAUGAAGUCUCCCUCGGCGUAGACUCUGUUGAUAUUUAGAUCGACCUCCGUUUUUUGUAAAAUCAGUGUCAAUCCAUUCCAUUUUCCUAUGUGGUUCCGGUAUAACCGGCUUCACUUACUAUGUA